GUUAUCACGAUCUGGCAACACUAACGUUGUUUAUAUUUUAUUUCACAAGUUCCCCACCUUUUAUACCGAAAAGCCUCUCUAAAAUGCCCAAGGAGAAAUCCAAGCACCGUCAUCGCAGCCGCAGUCGCGAGAGGCGGGAUCAUCGCAGUCCAGAUCCGAGGAGCAACAGGAACAGGGAUCGGGAUCGUGAGCGCGAGAGGGAAAAGGAGCGUGAUCACAGAGACUACAGAGACAAGGAACGCGAUCAGCGCAGGGAAAAGGAGAAGGACAAAAACAGGGACAAGAAGCGGGAGCACAAGAGCCGGAGGCGUCGAUCUUCCUCCAGCUCAUCCUCGUCCAGUUCGACGUCUAGCACGGCGGCCGGUGGGCCUCGUUCGCCACUGACAAAGAGUUCGAUGAAACUGCUCCAGACGCUGGAAGCGCGUCGUCUCGUCGAGCAAAAGGACCGCCAGCGUAAGAAGGAGGAGCUGAAGGCUAAUGAAACGCCAGAGGAGAAGCGUGCCCGUCGCCUGCGCGAGAAACAGGCCAAGGAGCAGCGGCGUCGCGAACGAAUGGGCUGGGACAACGAGUAUCAGACGUACUCCAACGAGGACAACCCGUUCGGUGACUCCAAUCUCACCUCCACCUUCCACUGGGGCAAAAAGCUGGAGGUGGAGGGACUAUCAAAUCUCUCCACCAAAACCGUAGAGGUACUUUCCCUGCAAAAGCAGUUGGAAAACCGCAGAGAGCUGGAGAAGGUUAAGAAACGGCGGCAGGAGAGGGAGCUGGAGCGGCAGGUGCGCGAGGAUGAUCUAAUGAUGCAGCAGCGCGCCAAAGAGGCGGUGCAGUUCCGCGAGUGGCAGCGCCAGGAGGAUCAGUUUCACCUAGAGCAGGCACGCUUACGUAGCGAAAUUCGGAUCCGCGAUGGCCGUGCCAAGCCCAUCGAUCUCCUCGCCCAAUAUGUGGCCGCCGGGAAUGCGCCGCUCGAAGAGUCCCUCGAGAUGCAGAUGCACGAGCCCUAUGUUCUGCUAAACGGCCUGCCUAUGGAGGAACUGGAGGACCUGCUGGUGGAUAUAAAGGUAUACGAAGAGCUGGAGCAGGGCAAGCACAUAGAUUUCUGGAACGAUAUGAUCACCAUUGUGCAAGACGAAUUGCAACGCCAACAGAAACUGCAAGCGGAGAAUACUUCGCUCAAUCAACGUCGUGAUGGCAUCCACCAGGCGGUGGUGAAGGAUGUGGCGGAUAUCUUCAGGGGCAAGAAUGCCCAGCAGCUAGAGGAAAUGCGGCAGCGCAUCGAGGCCAAGAUCAGUGGUCGCGCGGAUGGCGUAGAUAUUAGCUACUGGGAAAGUCUGCUUUCGCAACUCAAGGCGCACAUGGCCAGAGCUCGACUGCGAGAUCGCCAUCAGGCCUUAUUGCGUGAGAAGCUGCUGCUCCUCAAGCGUGAAAACGAUGAUGAGACGUUGCAGGAGGAGGUGCCUCCACAAAUCAAGGAAGAGGAGAUGGAAACCCAGGACGCAGAGGACCCGGAGGCUGGUGAGGGCGCACCCGAAGACGAAGAGGAUCCCCUAAAGGAACUGCGUGAAGCAGUGCGUCUCUACCAGGCGGGAAACUACAGUCCGCGCUACAUACGCGAAGAGGACUUCACCGGCAGAAGAGUGCAAAACGAAGACGACGACGAGCCGGAGACAGAAGGAGUCCUCUUCGAGGAGGAGGAUGAUGAGCGGCGAACACAGAGACAGCGUCUGUUAAUCCUUCAUCCGGAACGAGUGGACACCAAUCAACUGACACCGCAGGAGCUGCGAAUGCGCAACGAGGCGAGGCAGGGAAUGCAGGGUGACGAGGCCGAGUUUAGUGUGGAGACCACCCUGGAUGCAGUGCCUCAGCUGGCCACGGAUAAGUACCGACCACGAAAGCCACGCUACUUCAAUCGCGUGCACACCGGCUUCGAGUGGAACAAGUACAACCAGACGCAUUACGACAUGGACAAUCCGCCGCCCAAGAUCGUGCAGGGCUACAAGUUCAACAUAUUCUAUCCGGACCUUAUGGACAAAUCCCAGACGCCGCAAUACUUCCUCACUCCGUGCGCGGACAACGGGGACUUCGCGGUGCUGCGUUUCCAUACAGGACCGCCAUACGAGGACAUCGCCUUCAAGAUCGUCAACCGGGAGUGGGAGUUCAGCUACAAGCGGGGCUUCCGCUGCCAGUUCCACAACAACAUCUUCCAGCUGUGGUUCCACUUCAAGCGAUAUCGCUACAGGCGGUGAAGGAUUGUCAUCUGGCCUGAAUCGCCUAAACCAUCCUUUUGUGAAGUCAUAUGUUAUUUUCAAAUAAAGUGUAAGCCCAGAACGACUGGCAAAGUGGUAUCAUUUAA